GAAUCCAUGUUUGAGCGUUGCACGUCACAUGACACUGCACAGAAAACAACUUCAGUAAAAACUGGGAACACAUGACAGGACGGUCAGGAAAUAAAUAUUCCUUCAGAACGACGGGUCUUUAAUCUUGACGAACGGUCCCCGUAGCGGGUCACUGAAGAUGAGUUUCUUAUUAUUCUUCCUUGGCGCCAUUCUUGUUCUCGUUGGUGGCAAACAAUGCGAUCUUUCAAGCACUGACCACAAGGAGCUUAUGCUCUCCCUCAACAAGAAGCUGCUGCGCUCUCUGGAGAAUCCAAGCCACCAGUCCAAUCCCAGCGUGCACCUGGCCCUGCGACUUUCCACCCACCAUAGUCAAGCCACCGAGUGCAAGAGUUUGAGUUACCUGAAGACUAAGUUACACAGUGAUCUGGAGAGUUCCCUUUCCGAUGUGAAGCCAGUGACGGGCCUUCUGGCCCUGUACAUCCUGGCUCUGAAGGCCUCCUGCUAUGACCUUGGUGCAGUCAAGCUUAAUGAUAAAAAUCUCAUCCAUCACCUGAAAACUCAAUUGGAGCAGGAGAAGGAUCACAUCCCCACCAAGUCACGACCUUUGACCAGCUACUACCAGUACUCCCUUGGUAUUCUGGCCCAAUGCGUGAGUGGUGUACGGCUGAACCCACACGUGAGGAACAAACUGAUCCAUGCCAUUAAGCAGGGCCACAUCGGUCAUGGGGAGAACCAUGAGGGUGUUGACACGCUGGCCAUGGCUGGAAUGGCCCUGCAGUGCGUGAAGGAGUUCCCCGGGCAGGUAGAGGAUGCAGAACUUGAGGAGGCCCUGAACAUAAUCAAGGAGAAGCUGAAAGGCUCUCAACGAGCCGAUGGGCACAUGGGCAAUGAGUUCAGUACCGGGCUGGCAGUGCAGUCCUUGCUGGCAAUGGGCAUCCAGGUGUCUGAGUGCUCCAUGGAGGCCCUGAGGAACAGUGCCAGGAACGGUGUCUACCACAACCCCAUGGCCAUCUCACAGGUCCUGCCUGCUCUCCAGCAGCGCUCUUACCUGCAUGUCAAGAUGCAGGGCUGCACCAAGGAGGACGACAGUCUAGUGCUGGAAUCCAGGCCUCCUGCUGGGGAUUCUGAUGAUGUUGUGCUGCCUGUGGAGGUGGAGGUAGUCAAUUCAGAGGGCCACCCUGCCUUACACUCCAUUGACAUUCCAAAGGGAUCCACUCUCCUUAAAGCUUUGGAGCUCCUCCAAACGAAAGGGGGCUUUACGUUUGAGACUGAAUCCAGUUUGUGGGGCCCCUUCCUGAGCAUGGUGAAUGGGGUGCAGGCUCGCCAGAUCGACCGCGAAUACUGGCAGCUCUUAUCUGAUGGCACGGCCCUCACUGAAGGUAUUGGUGACUUUAAGAUUGUGAAGCCACAAAAGAUCUCCAUAAAAAAGAUGGGAUUCUGAAAGCAAGAGGAUCCCAGUCAUAUGCACAUUACCAUGCGACUAAUCUGUGCUUCGGCCUGAGAAAGGAUUCAUGUUUUUUUUGUGCUGCAAAAAUGUACUUUUUUCCAAAUUCAAUCAAAGACUGAAAUGUAGAGGUUGGUCCAAUUUUAAAUCAUGCAAACUUUAAAAAAAUGUUAUGCUUGCUGCAAUGAAUUUGUUAUAUUCUCAGACUAGGAUGGUGGCGACUUGAGACAAGUUAUAAUACUUAGUCAUACAAUACUGUACAAUAAUGUACUGUAAUACAUAGAGUGAAUCUAUGUAUAUGAUGAUUAUCAUACAUGCUGCCGUAAAUACUUUGAAAAAGUC